AAUUUUGGAUAUUCAUACAUACGCCUUUGGAUUUCCUUUGCUAGCAGUCUAUUGAAGGAUUAAAGACGACUCUAUCACGUGCCGAAGCUACAAGUUGUUAAGAAGUCGACAAGACCCGAAGACCCCAAAAAAACCCGUCAAAAACAGAAACAAACAAAAACCGCUGGCUGAGUUGGCCCGUUUAUCGAGUUGGCAUUUCAUUUACCUGACUCGCGUUACGUGGUGCGGUUCGGUGUUUCGGCGGUUCAGCGGUUCGUCUUCUGCCCGCCAAAAAGAAAGUCACGACACAAGAAACAAGAUUUCCAAGAUUCUGCAACGAAAGUCAAAGUUACAAGUUUACUCCAAAUACAAGUCUGUAGUUUUUUUUUUGGAGCCCGGUUCAACGUCUUAAGGCCUUUUUGGAUCGUGUGUGUGUGCUUGUGUGUGGUUGUGCCACUUUAGAAAGUGAAAAUCGAGUGCAGUCUGGGGCGCUGCAGUUGAAAGUGAAUUUAUUUUUUCUGGAGGGGGUCUCGAUUCGAUUGGAAAUUCAUCAGUAGCCUGAAGAUUUCGACUACUUGAAGCCCAUUACUUUUCAUUCAUCGGCAGGAGGGCCCGGCUAAGAAGUGCAACCCAGAGAUGGAGGCCGAAGAAGUUACAAAACUCGUCGAUGGCGUUUACCGGAAUAUACUCGAUAGAUUCAAUCCGGGUGCCAGGCAGUUAAUCGCGGCGGGCAAAAGUUACCUCAAGGCGUUGCACGGUGCUGCAACCGCCUCGCGUCUAUUCAAUGAAGCAUUGGCCAAGAUUGCGAUGAACGCCCAACAGAGCGGAACGGGCGAUAUUGGUUCGGCUUUGAUGAGCGUUGUGAAUGUUAAUAAGGAAAUUCAGGAACAGCAAAUGAAUAUUCUAAAAGCCUUCUACGUGGAUCUAUUGGUGCCAUUGGAGACAAACCUGGAAAAGGACACAAAGGUGGUGCAGCACGAGCAGAAGAAGUUCCUGCAGCAGCACAAGGUUCGCAUGGAGAGCUACCAGAAAGCCGUCUCCACAAUGAAGAAACAGCGCAAGAAAAAGGCCACACCCGAGAACACCGAAAAGGAGCUGAGGAGCCUGCAAGUGCUGGAGGAUCAAAAGAAGAAACUGGAUGUGUUCUGUGAUCAGAGCUAUAAAAAUGCCAUGACACAGGAGCGACGUCGGUAUGGAUUCGUCUUGGAGCGCCAGUGCUCGAUCGCCAAACACUGGAUGGCUUACCACACCACCGGCAAGACGGUAAUUGAUAAUAAUUUCGAAAAUUGGCAAGAGAUCGCCGCAUCUCGUGAGAUCAUUCCCCCGGCUGCUUAUGAGAGCGGCUAUGGUAGCAGCAACGGUCACAACAACAACACUAAUAACAGCACUAACAUGCGUCGCCUGGAACGAAUCAAGGAUGGCGAUGAUGAUCAGAUCCAGGGCCUGGGAGCCCAGUUGAAGAAGUCGCGUAGUAUCGACGCCCCCUAUGGGGACAUGCGCACCCUCCACGAGCGCGAAAAUAUGGGCUGUGUUGGGUCGUCGCACUAUGCCCAGAAUUCGCUGCCGCGUGCCAAGUCCGACUUCAAUCUGGCUCUGGUCGGCUCUGGCCCCAGUUCCGGUGGCAACAAACACAAGAUCAUUGAGGAGCAGCUGGCUACACUGGGCGACGACCAGCGCGGUGACCAGCGUCCACUGGUGAAGGCACUUUAUGCCUACAUGCCGUCCGGAGAGAAUCAAUUGUCCUUCGAGGAGGGAGACCGCAUCGCCCUGGUGGGCGGCAAGGCCAAGGGCUGGCAGUUUGGAGAGAAUUUGCGCACCCAGCACUUUGGAUGGUUCCCAGUGGCCUACACCAAUGCAGAGUCCGUGGAGGCCACCUCCUCUGCCGUUGGACGGCGGUACGAGAACAUGCUCAUGAGCUACGAACGAAAUGGCGGAGGAUCUGGAUCGGGUUCGGGCGGCGGUCUCCGCAGCUAUCAGUCCCAGCAGCAGCAGGAUUACGAGGCCCAGCUGGAGCUGAUGGAGAACCAUGAGGCCACCUACCGGCGGCGUCGCAACCACAGUGCCGAGGAAUCCUCACCCACCCGCAUGUUCGGGGACACAAUCAAGCAGCAGAAGAAGUACCGCUCCGGCUCCGGAGCCAAUCCACGACCAGGACCACCACCAACUCUACCCGCACCCGUUCCCAACGGCCAGCAGUCAUCGUCCCGAGUGCUGAACAGUUCCCAGAGUUUCUGUGCCACCAACGGAGGCGUCACAUCGGCGGUGGAGCGACGCAAGCAAAAGCUUCUAAACGGAGUCCAGAGCCAUCCGGCUGGCAAGUCCGGAGUGGCAGCCAAGACCUCGUUGCACAGCAGCAACGACAGUGGAUUCGCCAAUGAGCCACCACCACAGCCGGAGGUGGACUACUCCGACGAGGAGCCAGCUACCCAGAGGGUGCCCAUUCGACGCCGGGCGGACACCAACUCACACACCCAUACGGUGCCCCGGGACGUAGCUUCGUGGACGUUGAACCGCAAUUUCCGGAAUAGUGUGGAUAGCCAGAUAGACGACAAGAGCCUCCAUCGGCUGAGCCGGCAAAGUACAGGGGGCAAGAUGCGCUACGAUUUGAUUGCCUCGGACGAUGAGAUCCUGCAGGCCUCCAGUGCGGGACUGAAGCGCACCAAGUCCUUCUGGAAGUUUGGUGGCGGACGCAGUGGCGAGGAUAUUUUGGCGGGCAUGUCGCUCUGGCAGCACCGCGACCUGGUGGCGGCUCCGAACAUGGAGGAAAUGCGCGACAGAGACGACUUGGAAAGGCGAUCUGAGGAGGAUCGCAAUGGUACGCUGACCAAGUCGCACAAUUCCAGCUCCUCGCAGGAGAAGCGAGGGCGCAAGGACAGCCUGACCAGCACGGAACUGUACGGCGAUGAGGACGAUAACAUCUAUGGAGUGAGUCCACAGCAACAGCCACAGCAACAACAGCAGCAACAGGUCCAGCAGCAGCAACAACAGCAGAGGAACAGCUAUACUCCCAAGUCGCGGAUGAAGAUCAUGAAGACCAUUGAGAUUGACAUUGAAGAGCCCACAGACAGCGAAAGGAUAAGCACUAUGCGACGUGGUCAGGGUCAGCAGAAGCCACAGCAGCAGCAGCAACAACAGCAGCAACAUCGCAAACUGGACAAGCAGAACUCCCAGACCCUCAGCCGCUCCAAGCCAACUCCACAGCACCAACAGUUCCCCCCAUCCACGGAUGAGGGCGAGAGCGACGAGCAUGGAACCCUGAAGCUAAGCGACGUGAACAACUUCUUUGACGAGGGCAAGGGGAACGGACAUGGACAUGGUCACGGAUUGGUGAUGAAGACGGUAAAGCGCCAGGACAUAUUGAAACAGUACUAUACCAGCGAGGACGAGGAGGACUCCGAAGCGGAGCUGAAGUCGACAAGCUCCGAUCCAUACGACUGCAUUGUGAUCAAUGAUCACUUGGUGCGCAAGGAUGAUAAGAUGCGCCGGCAUCAUCACCAGCAACAGCAGCACCAGCAAAUGGAGUUCCACACCUUCCGAUCCUCCACAUCCACGACGGCGACGAAUACGCUGAAGAAGAACUCAGCCAAGGACCAGGACAGCACCCUGACCCGCAACUCCACGGCCAGUUCGGGUGCCCCGACAGCCACCAUCCUGCCGCGCACCCGACUCCUCAAGUCUUCCGCCACCUCCUCCGGCAACAACCACAUCAACAGCAGUGCCACGCUGGAGCGAAACUCGAAGAACCUGGCGGGUAACAAAAGCUACGGACCCUGGUACGACUUCUGGGAUCAGGAACAGCACGGUAUGACCGGGCAGAAGUCGUCAAGUGCCAAGCUGAAGUAGGAGGAAGACCGGAGAAGAUCAAGGAUCGGUUAGUUUAGAUCAGGAUUGAGUUUCGCCGUCUUCUUACCGGAUAAGAAAAUGGGCAGAGAGAGAGUGCUGGGGUUUAUGGAAAACUUCUAUCCUUUAUUCGAUCCCCCUAUCCCAAAAUCCUUUUCUUUUCGAUUUAAGCAAUAUUUACCCUGUAAAAUGUCGUAGCCAUAGUUUAAAAACAGCCUUUGUUUUGUUUGAUUUAUGUAUAUAUUCUUAUUAUAAUUUUAAAAUCUAUUUAAAGCCAACAAUGGAACAAGAAAUGCUCUAAUUAAGUAAAAGCCGAAGCAUCAGCAAAUAGAGAAACCUUUAUAGAACAAAGACCUCUAGUUAAACGCUCCCCAUUUAAACAUUUUCCUAUUUCGAGACACACCACAUAUCAUUAAAUUUAAUAUCCUAUUGCCUGAUUUGAAGUUAGUCUGUAUAAUGCAAGUGUAAUUUGCUUUUUUAGCCGACGCGGCAUAUACCGCAACUACUCCAUAGAUUACUGACCAGUAGCCAGUCCGUGUAGCCCAGGUAUCCCCACCUUUCCCCGUAUUAGGUUGCAAUGCCACCACCCGUAAGUAGAUAGGCCACAUUUGAAAAGUGGGCGAACUCCUCAUCCACUGGACGAGUCCUUGAUCUUUGCAGAGCCUCCCAGUUCGCCACGGUAAAGUUGCGCCACACAAAGACUAACGAUCGAUCCGCUCCGAUGAUCUACCGGAGUGUGAACAAGUAGCAACGACAGCGGAAGGUGGAGUUUUCCCUGUGACCCGGACAUUUGCCGACCGAGCCGAAAGCUUCAGCCACACAUCAUCCAAGCCACAUAUGUA